AUGACUGUGGUCUCCCUUAUGGCCAGGGUGGGUUCAUAUGUGGACUGGGUCCCAGAAACUGGUGUUUUCCAAGAAUUCACAACCUCAGGCUUCAUUUUUGGGCAGGCAUCCUACCUUACUUUUCUUGCUCACAUUACCCCAUGCCCCGCCCCACCCCCAGCUACUCUGGAGAAGCCCAUAUUGUCUCUACACCCACCUUGGACUACAAUCUUCAAGGGGGAGCGAGUAACACUGCAAUGCGAUGGAUACCACCCUCUGCUGCUCGAACUCAGGCCCAUUAGCACUCUCUGGUAUCUGGGCCAUGUCCUCCUGCCUUCCCACAAGAAGAGCAUUGAGGUGCAGACACCAGGGGUGUAUCGAUGUCAAACACGGGGAGCACCGGUCAGUGAUCCCAUCCACCUAUCUGUGUCUAACGACUGGCUAAUUCUGCAAGUGCCUUAUGCUCCUGUGUUCGAGGGAGAGCCCCUGGUGAUGCGCUGUCGUGGCUGGUACGACAAAGUCGUCUACAAGCUUCAUUACUACCACGAUGGUCAGGCCGUGAGAUACUUCCAUUCGAGCACCAACUACACGGUGUUACAGGCACGAUCUAGUGACAGCGGCCACUACCAGUGCUCUGGCACCAUGCGCAUCCCAGUGGAGAGUGCGCCCAUGUUCUCCUCCAAGGUGGCUGUCACCGUGCAAGAGCUGUUUCAGACACCGGUGCUCAGGACGCUGAGCCCGCAGGAGGCGCGCGGUCGCGUGGUGCUGCGCUGCGAGACGCGCUUGCACCCGCAGAAGCGGGACACGCCGCUGCAGUUCGCCUUCUACAAGUACAGCCGGCCAGUCCGCCGCUUCGACUGGGGCCCCGAGUACACCGUCCCCGAGCCCGAGGUCGAGGAGCUCGAAUCGUACUGGUGCGAGGCCGCCACAACUAGUCGAAGUGUCCGGAAACGUAGCCCCUGGCUGCAGCUCCCCGGGCGGGGCUCUGCCCUGGAUCUGGCGUCCACCACUGCGCCGGCCCUACAGGCUGCAGCCGGGGAGCCAGGGGGCAAGCCACUUUCCUUCCGGAAGACCCCGGUGUCCAGAUCCGUGCCGUCAGUCACUUCCGUCCCGAACAGCACCUUUGCGGGCCUGCAGUUCCCCGCGGGCCACGUCCCCACUGUCGGGCCACACGUCUGUGCGCCUCUGCCCACGUCCGUGGAACAAUCCGGCGAAGUUCUGCAGCGCAAGGUGGACCUUCUGCUUCGCGAGAUGCAGCUGCUCAAAGGGCUUCUGAACCACGUGGUCCUGGGAUUAAAGGACCCACAGGCCCUUCGAGAGUUUACAGAGACCCCUGAGACACCCACUUCUCAGGUUUCUGUGAGUCCAGGAACCCCGGAGACCGCUGUCGUGGAGGGUGGAGUGGACAGCUAGUGUCUUCUCUCCAGGAUGGUUCCUCCUGGAUCUUCCCUUCGUCAGCUCGUUUGCAAACCAGAGACACGUCUGUUAGUGUACCCUCGUGCUCCUGUGGUUUUUAAAGAAACGCCCCUGAAGUGUGGUGCUGUGGAUUUCCACCUUACUAGAUUGUAGGAGAUUUCGACCUUGCAGAGUAGUUUGUAAAGACAAACACCCUCUCUGUUUUGUUCUUUGCUCCAUAAUCCAGGAAAGAAGUAGACAGCUGUUGUUUAUUAUUCGGCAGUUUACGCUCUCGGAAGUGAAUUUAGACCUUAUAGAAAUUAAGUACAUAUUCUAGCAUAGGUGAGUGUUUUGUUUGUAAUGGAAUUCAUUGAGGUUAAAUGAGCUCUUUGGAACACUUUUAGGGU